AUGCCUAGUCGAGCCGAAGUUGAAGCAGCACUAAAUAACAUGGCCAGUGACGGGAAAAUCAAGGGAGAAGAUGUUUUAGCCUCUACUGGCAGCCUAGGAGUCCCCACUGACGCGGUCGACCGCUAUCUGAAGGAGCAUAAGGACCCUGAAGGCAUGGUGGACCUUGCUGGGUCCGGCGGGUUUCAGCUAAUGAUAGCCCUCGGACCGAACCUAAUACCUUACCGUUUGGUGCUUGGGUGCGUCGCAGCGCUUUUUUGA